CAGUGAUGACGUCAGUCCCGCGUCUCUUUCCUGUCCUGUGGCUGUACAGACGCAGUGGCCAUGGUGCUCAACCUGUGCAUGCAGCACUUUCAGACCAGCGUUCAAUGCAACAAGCUGUGUGUCGACGGUUAUGAUGUCUCCAAUCUUUUGUCAGGGGACCCAAUUGUGCGUCGGAGAGGUUUCAAACUGGAAUACUUCCUCCGGCCUCCCUUCCACGUCACCCUGAGCUUCCGCGUCAAGAUGGAGUUGAGUCGGGUGGAUGUUGAGCUUUGGCCCUGGGGCAUGGACCAGGGGAAAACUUCUCGAAGACUGGAGAUAUUAACAUGUUCUGAUAUUCCGGUGCAGUUGGAGCGAGACACUGGCCAGUUUAAGCUUGUCGCUCAUUGUGACUUGCAGAAGGAAGCUCAGGUGUGUUUUCUCCAUCCCACUUUCAGACCUCGAGCUCCGUUCGCUGAUCCGCCACCCCAACCAUCGCCUCAAGCAAAACUGUUGGAGUUCUGGAAUCGUGGGCCGCAGUCGCUCGGUUCUGUGGCUCAUCUCCGAGUCAGUAUUCCCUACAGCGGUGCUGGAUCUUCUCUUGGCAUCAAGUCUCUUGCUGUGUGGGGGCUUCCUGCUCGAUGUUGUCCCCCUUCUGAACUGGAGAUGAUUCGUGAAGCCCACCUAAACAACUUGAAAACAAACACUCCUUUAGAUGUUCCUUCCAAGCCAGAUUUUGUCCCAGCCGAUACCCCAGUUCCAGAGGAAUUCUUGGACCCCCUAACACAAGAACUCCUGGUUUUCCCAAUGAUCUUGCCUAGUGGGAUGGUUAUAGACAACAGCACAUUAGAGGAGUACCAGAAGAGAGAAGCAACAUGGGGCCGUCUACCAAAUGACCCGUUUACUGGUGUUCCUUUUACCCAGACCUCAAAACCUUUACCAAACCCUUUACUCAAAAGUCGCAUUGACCGUUUGGCACUCCAGACGGGAUGCACAGGACUUGGGGCAAGAAAUAACCCACUUCCUAAACCGCAACCAUCCAGACUUACCAUGCCUUCAAACACCAUGGAACCCAUGAGAUCAACAGACUCCGGUAGGAGCCAGAAUCAUAUAGACAGUUUACCAGGACAAUUCAAAGGUCCACAGAACCAGGAAGCUCCGAGUCAACCUGUGGCCUGUGUACUUGGGUUGGGAUCUAUUUCAGGCCGUAGAACUGGACCUAGUGUCAACCAAACAAGAAAAACACAAAGCCAUUAUGCAAAAAGGAAGUAUGAAUCCAGUUUUCCCUCGACCAGCGUUGAUCUUGAUUGUUCUUCGGGUAAAGUGCCUCUGACGGAUGACACUCCCUCACGUGCCACAGAGUCAGUCUUCAGUGUGGGCGCUCAUGAACGGAGGUUAGCAGACAGUUUAGAUCAGGCGUUGAAUGCGGCCCUUCAUGGAUUACCAAUGUUCACGUCACAGAGCAAAAACGACUCCAUUGUGGACACUUCAACUGGACAGUACAAAUGUGUGUUUUGCACAUGUGCAUUGACGGCAUAUUCCUCGAGUGCGGUGUCAUACUCUCUGCCGUGUGCUCAUCUGUUGUGUGGAUCCUGUUUGCACCACAAAUAUCCGCCUGACUCUCGGAGAGUGAAGAUUAAAUGCCCCUCGUGUGGAACAUCUGCCUCCGCCAGUGACAUCACAAGAGUGCAUCAUUGAACCGCUCAUAAACUAUGACACUUACGAAUAUUUAUUGUGAACUUAAUUGUUUCAGAUUUUGUUAAAAUAUAUUUUCAUUAUUCAUCAUUUUCAUUAAAAUAUUGGUUUUGUUAUAGCUUGA